AUGGCUCAACAGACAUCAAUCGAGCGCGAUCAUACUACAAACGAGUCACUGACAGACUUUGUCGAGAGACGUCUACUGCACUCGGCUCAUUGGUACGCAUCACACUUGCACUCACUGGCCUUGCCCCCAAGUCACAUCAUCUUCCUCUCAAACAAUGGCAACGUCGACACAAUCAAAGGACCACUGGAGACUAUGAGCGUUGGUCAAUACUCUGAGAGAUUCAUCAAGACUAGAUCAUCAUUCGCUUGGGAGUUGUAUGAAUCGUUGGCCAUCGCGGUGAAGGAGAAGGCUGAUCAGCAGGCGAGCGAGGCCGCUGCAUCGUCGUUGGAGGGAGGGGAGGGCAAGGGUUCAUUGUAUGAUCGAUACUGGAACGACGACACACUUCAAGCCGAGAUCAAGUCUGGCAACAUCAUUUCUGGCAAGAUCCACAUCAAUCAAUUCAAUCGUGAUGAGGCCUUUGUGAAGUUGCCACAGAACAGUGUGGCCAGCACAAAGGCUACGUCGGCCAAUGACAAGGUGCUCAUUGUUGGCCGAGCCAAUAUCAACAGAGCGAUACAUGGCGAUAAGGUUGGCGUUGUCUUGCUGCCCGAGUCUCAAUGGAUAGCAUCAGAUGACAACACUGGACUGGCACUCGAUCAGAAUGACAUGGAUGAUGAGCUCAGAGAGGAGGUGCAGGUGCAGGAUGAGGGUGCCGUUUCAAACACAUCGUCGCUAUCACUAUCAUCACGGAAGGCAACGUCAACCAAGUACACAAUGACGGGCAAGGUAGUUGGCAUCAUUCAGAGGAACUGGCGUGACUAUGUGGCAACGAUCGAGGCCAGGGCAUCACUUCAAUCAAACUAUGUGUUUGUGGUGCCGCUCGACUCGCGUCUGCCACUGAUCAGAGUGCCGACAAAGAACAGCGCAAACUUUGUUGGACGACGUAUUGUGGUGAGGAUCGACAACUGGGACAUCAACUCAAACAAUCCAACUGGCCACUUUGUUCAGGUACUGGGCGAGUCUAACAACCUCGAGACUGAGCUCAAGUCAUUGAUGUUGGAGCACGACGUGUCGAUCAAGACGUGGUCCAAACAGAUCGCCGACUCGUUGCCAGUUUCGAGCAAGGACGCGCCCUGGCAGAUCCCCGCCGAGGAGACAGCAUAUCGAAGGACGAUCGCCCACCAUCGAACAAUGAGUAUCGACCCGUUGGGCAGCAAAGACAUUGAUGAUGCCAUAUCCGUGGGAUACUUGACAGGUCGUUCAGGCAACAUGGUGGAGAUUGGAGUGCACAUUGCCGAUGUCAGCCACUUUGUGCGAGAGGGCUCACCCUUGGACCAGGAAGCGAGACGACGUGGCACCACGAUAUAUCUGCCCGAUCGCCGCUUCGACAUGUUGCCCGCCGUGCUCAGUGAGGAUGUAUGUUCGCUUCGAGGUGGCUUCCCAAGAUGCGCCAUGUCUGUCAUUUGGACGUUCGACCUGUCCACGAUGACCAUCACCGACACAUGGUUUGGCCGCACAAUCAUUCACUCGUGUGCAGAGAUGCACUAUCAACUUGCACAGGACAUCAUCGAUGGAAAGGUGGUCGAGGGCAAGGAUCGCGACGAGGACGUCACCAAUGGUGGCAAGAACGCAGGCUACCGCCACAGAUUGUAUAACAAUGUCAAGAUCGCCGAGCUCAAGAAGGACCUGCUGACGCUGCGCCAAGUGUUCCGACAUCUGAGUGCACAGCGUGCCAAGAUUGGUGCAUUGGAUCUCGAGAGCAUUGAGGUGCGCUUCCAAUUCAACUCGGAUGACACUAGCAAGCCGGACAAGAUCGUGCUCAAGUCCGAUCUAGAAGUUCACUCAUUGGUCGCAGAGUUCAUGAUUCUUGCCAAUGCAUCAGUUGGCACCAGGAUACACGCCUUCUAUUCUGGCUCAGCACUUCUACGUCGUCAUCCAAUGCCCAACAAUCUAGGAUUCGAAGCGAUUAGACCUUUGUUUGACUUAUGUGGCUUCGAUCUAAACACAAAGACUAACAAGGACCUGGCAACAUCACUUCAGAAUGCGGUCAAGAAGGAAGACCCAUUUAUCAAUACUAUCCUAAAGCUAAAGACAGUCAACAUCCUAUCAGAGGCCAUAUACUUCUCAACUGGAUCACUCAAUGUUGCAGAGUACUACCAUUAUGGUCUGGCCUUGGAUAAAUAUACACACUUUACAUCACCAAUCAGAAGAUAUGCUGAUAUUAUUGUACACAGACAGUUGUGGGACGCGAUAAACAGUCGUAGGAACGAUGUCUACACUGAUCACUCAAUGUCAAAGCUGGCCGACCAUCUCAAUCUUCGUCAUCGAGCAUCAAAGACACUGCAACGUGAGGCUACACAGAUGUUCCAGAGUCUCUACUUCCGCAUCAGGCCAAAGCAAUCAGUUGAGGCCAUCGUAACAGACGUACGAUCGAAUGCAGUCAUUGUCUAUGUGCCAGAGUAUGGACUGCGCGAGAGGAUCUAUUUGUUGGACAAGGAGCGCAAGGCGAUACCACCUAGCAAUGAUCCAUUGUUUGGAUCGUCACAAUCGAUCACUGACGUCAAGUUCAACGAGACCAACGUCGACUACACAUUCAACAAUGGUACACAUCAUCAACUGUUGGUAUUUGACCAUGUACUCGUGGACAUACUCACUGAGGACAAUGAGUAUCGAUUGCCACCGGUCAAGCUACGCCUGGUCAGUACCCUUCAGAGCACAAUGAAGAACAGGUCAAUCAAGAGCGAGAUGAAGUCCAAAAAGAAUCUGGUGGAUGAUAUCAAGGCGACCGAGCUUGAGCAAGCCACUUCCAAUACCAAUACCAAUGCCACCACCGAGUCAAACACAGGCGUCGGCGGCGUAUAUGGAGAGAUCAAUGCCAUGAAGUCCUUUGCAAAGAAUGAUGGUGGAUCUUUGGCCGAUGGAUAUAAUGCCUUGGAGCCCAGCACAUAUGAUCUACUGAUGAAUAUCAAGCAGGUGGAGGGUGCGACCUUGCUGGAGAUGAAUGGAUCACGUAUCAGCUAUGGCAAAGGAAGAGGAGGAGGAAGCGGCAGCAGCAACAGCACCCAGGGGGUGACCAGGCUGUGGUCCAUGUCAGACAGCCAAACCAAAGACUAUAGGACCAGGUCAGACAGAUAUAUCCGCGAUGCAAUUAGUAAGAAGUAUAAGCAACAACAACAACAACAACAAUUAUCAACAAAGAUCAACAACAACAAUAAUGGCGAAGACAAUUACGAUGAUGGUGAAGAUUACCAAUCAUUGAUGGAUGGGGAGGAUGGUUAUGAGAAGAUCGCACCAGUGUCCUCUGCCCAAGACAAGUAUAAGGACAUGAUAAACAGGGCCGAGCAGAGCUUCGCCAAGGUGCAACGGGACCUUGCAAAGAGCAAAGUGACAUGGAAUAAAUAA